CUUGUUCAAACAUUUUUGACGAACCAUGGCCAAUAUUAUUGCAGUCCAACUUUUAUCCUUCUUAACUACUUUGUCAGUCUUCUUCCCAUCAACCACAACAACAACAACCAUUGCCAAACCUGACGGCUUGACCGUCAAGCUCACUCACCGUGAUUCCCCAGACUCACCUUUCUAUCAACCAAACCUCACUACUUCACAAAGAACUCAAAAACUCAUUCUCCAAUCCAAAGCUCGUGCACUUCAUCGUCAACAACAUUUCAAUUCUAAUGCGGUCCGUCCAAAAGUUGAUUAUCAAGGACACUCUGUUUACAUGGCCCAAGUGAGCAUUGGAACUUUCACAUCACGUCCCAACUCAUCCAUCUCCUACUUUCUCAGCAUGGAUUCUGGCAGUGACUUAAUGUGGACACAAUGUGACACCUGUAGGUCUCCUGGACACCAUUGUUUUCCACAGAGACAACCUCUUUUCCCUUCUCUGCGAUCCUCUUCUUAUCGAAAACUUGUUUGUAAUAGACACCCUCUGUGCUAUCCAAGAAGUUGCAUUGGAGACUUUUGCUCCUACAGUAAAAGAUAUGCAGAUGAAUCCACCUCUGUUGGCUUUCUUGCAUCAGAAACCUUCACUUUCGACUCCGAUUCAGCCCGUAAAGAAGUUGUUCCCAAUAUAGUUUUUGGUUGCGGUUUUGAUCAAACACUUAGAGGUGAUUAUGGUCAGGAAGGCAAUUUUGCAGGCAUUUUGGGCUUAGGAUGGGGACCUCAUUUCCUUGUCAAACAAUUAGGCUCCCGAGCCGGAGGCCGGUUCUCAUACUGUCUACAGACAACGACUAAUCCUGAUGGACAAAACACACUCCGGUUUGGUUCAGAUAUUCCAUAUAGACCUGGCUUAAAAAGCACUGACUUGCAGCAAUAUAGUGGGGUAUUAGCAUUGGGUGAUGGUUAUUAUGUAAGUUUGCUAGACAUUAGUAUUGCUGGUUCAAGGCUACGAAUCCCACCUGAAUAUUUUGCUAAAAGACCUCCUCGUGGAGGGACACUAAUCGAUUCGGGAUGUGCUUUUUCAGCCAUUGUUACACCUGCUUAUGAAAUUCUGGAACGAGAACUGGUUAAUUACUUCUCAAGGUUAGGUGGGUUUUCAAGGAUUCGUCCGCAAAAGUUCUUCGAUCUUUACUACAAAAGGUCAAGAAGACAAGGUUACAGCAAUCUUCCAAACCUCACAUUCCAUUUGGGAGGUGCUGAUCUUGUGGUGCAGCCUCAGGGUGCUUUUUAUAUGAUAGAAGGAAAAGAUUAUUUUUGCUUGGCAAUGAUACCAUUUGAUGGUGCGACCUUGAUAGGUUCAUACCAGCAGACAAAUCAACGUUUCAUCUAUGACUUGAAUGCCAAGAAACUGUUCUUUGGACAGGAGGAUUGUAGCCGAAAUGCAUGAAAAUUUGUUGAAACUGUGUCUUUGUUUUAUUGUUUUGACAGGUAAUCACAUAAUGAAAAUUUCAUAUGGAAUUAGUUAGCAUAAAUCAGAUCUAUUUGUAUCUCUCAAAAUAAGUAUUAAAUUAAUGUGUAUCUGUUCUAAAUUUGCAAGCUGUUAAAAUUUUUUAAUAUCUUGAAUCUUGUUUUCGUGAAAAUUUGGGUCCUGA